UUUCUAUUAGAAAUCAAGGUAUAGGUAAAUGGCAAUAUUUCCAUUAGUAAUAGCCGUAUCACUAGUACAGAAAUAGCAUGGCUAGAUCAAUUAGAAAUAGGUCCACUGUUGUUUCUGUCGGACCCUAAUGACAGACGCACCAAGCCUCCGACUCACAAAAAUACAAACACAUUUUUGCGCCGUCGUCUGGAAUCAAGUGAAAACAUGGGGGAUCAACAGCCUGUAAGAGUGUUGGUGUGUGGCGAUGUUGAAGGCAGAUUCAAUACCGUUUUUAACAGAGUACAGACCAUCCAGAAGAAAACCGGACAGUUUGACCUGCUGCUUUGUGUUGGAGAGUUUUUCGGAUCAACGCCAGAGUCCGAGGCAGAGUGGCAGCUGUACAAAAGUGGAGAAAAGAAAGCUCCCAUCCACACAUACAUCCUUGGAGCUGCCAAUCAGGAGACGCUGAAGAACUUCUCAGGCUCUGAUGGCUGUGAGCUGUGUGAAAACAUCACCUAUCUGGGGCGGCGUGGUGUGUUCACCGGAGCCUCAGGCUUGCAGAUUGCCUAUGUUAGCGGCCAGGAGGCCCAGCAGGAACCAGCACCGGCUCACUGCUUCACUCCAAAAGAUCUGUCCGAACUGGUGGCCCCGCUGACCAGCAGCUCUAGGUUUCGUGGGGUGGACAUCCUGCUGACAUCCCAGUGGCCCAAGGGAGUGUGGAAUUAUGGGAACACACCGGAAGUAAACACAAAGGCCUGCGGAAGCUCCUCAGUGGCACACCUUGCCGAGAAACUCAAGCCGCGAUACCACUUUGCUGCACUAGAGGGCGUCCAUUACGAGAGAAUGCCUUAUAGAAACCAUUUGGUUCUGCAGGAGAACGCUCAGCACGUCAGCCGCUUCAUCGCCUUGGCAACUGUCAAUAACCCUGCAAAGAAAAAGUAUUUGUACGCCUUCAAUAUAAUUCCCAUGAAAAUAAUGGAUCCCUCGGAACUGGUGAAACAGCCGCAGGAUGUGACGGAGAACCCUUAUAGAUGUCCGGGGAAAGACAAAAGCGAAACACUCAAGUCCAGUUUUAAGGCUUUGGAGGAAGAGGAGGCACCGAGUCAGUUCUUCUUUGACCUGAACAAGAGCGGAGGUGGUGAUCGGGGUCGAGGCAGGAAGAGACCGUCAGAUGGAGACAGAAGAGGACAGCAGGAUGGACAUAAACAACCACGCCGCCACCCUCAGCCGACAGGUCCCUGCUGGUUCUGUCUAGCAAGUCCUCAGGUGGAGAAACAUCUGGUCUUUAGCAUCGGGACACAUUGCUACUUGGCCAUGGCCAAAGGCGGCCUGGUGUCCAGACACAUUCUCGUCCUCCCCAUCGGCCACUACCAGUCCGUGGUGGACCUGAGUUCUGAGGUGGUGGAAGAGAUGCAGAAGUAUAAGGCAGCCUUGAAGAACUUCUACAAGAGCAGAGGGGAGCGCUGCGUGAUGUUUGAGAGGAACUACAGGAGUCAGCAUCUGCAGCUGCAGGUGGUCCCCGUUCCUCUGGACCGCUGCACCACUGAAGACAUCAAGGAGGCGUUUAUGGUCCAGGCUCAGGAGCAGCAGAUGGAGCUGAUGGAGAUUCCUGAACACACAGACCUGAAGCAGAUUGCUCCUCCUGGGACCCCAUACUUCUAUGUAGAGUUGGAUUCUGGAGAGAAACUCUACUAUCGGAUCCAGAGGCAUUUCCCACUGCAGUUUGGACGGGAGGUUUUGGCCAGCGAGGCGAUACUGAACAUCCCGACCCGGGCUGACUGGCGGGAGUGUAAACAGUCCCGAGAAGAGGAAGAGGAGUGCUGCCAAAAGCUGAGAGACGACUUCCAGCCUCACGACUUCACCUGGGACGAAUAACGGGCCAAGAACCUUUCCUGUUGAAGGGUUUUGUUUUUUUUUUUAACAUCAGCAGGUGUGUGUACAGAAAUUAUGGAACUUGUUAGGUAUUCUGUCAGCAUGUCUGGCAGAAACUUCCCAGCAGAACAAUUUUUUACAAAUAUAAAUUUCAAGUACUUCAGCCGAGUACAUUCUUAGUUAUUUUAAUUCGAUCUUUACUACAACUGGCUUUUUUUUAAAUACACGUGGAUUUUGUGAACUUGUCUCUUUUGCUCACUUUUAUGA